CCCCCCUGGCCUACGAUGGAGCCAGAGGCCGCACAGGACAGCGACGCGCCCGUCGCGCGCUGCCCGCCCGCGCCCAUCGAAUCGACGGCGCCGCUGUAGUUGCCCUUACGCUGGCCGCUCGGCCAGCUCCCGCUGGAAUGUCAAGUAAUUCCAGCGGGCCUCCAAGACUACGCGCAAGCGUUACAAGGUGAUGAUGUUCGGGUGUGCAUCGGGUUCUAUACGCUCGACCAGUUCCCGCCGGGACGUCAAAUAGUUCCGGCGCCCUUUGAAUUUGAAGGCGACGUCAAAGCCUUACAGUUAAUUAUUGAUGGGUACAAAGAUGCCUAAAAUCCUGACUCCGAAGACGGACUGUGCGCGAUCGAAAGUAUCGGCGCGAUCGAAAGUAUCGCAAAGAAGUUUAUAUUUCACGCGCGAAAUUCCAGUCGAUUCCUGUCGCAAAUAAAUGAUAGGGAUUUCGUCGAAUUUUCGGAGCUUCUCUGGUAGUGGGAAAUAUUGGAGCCGAGCUCUGCGGACAAGCUCAUUCGAAGUGUUUUUUGGGGCCCUCCGCGCGUCAGCAAAUUGGCGUCUGCGCCGCCGAACGAGUCGUUUUAUCAAGGCCUUGUAACACCUCUCAUAUAGCAAGGCGCCCUUCUCGAAGCCGUUGGCUGGGAUAUUGGCCCACCGCUACAUGAGACUAGAAUUACCCGCUCAAUGCCUUGCAGCAACUUCGGCACGGCUCAGACAGCAUGGACUCACGAUACUGAUCUUGGAUUGUUGAGCAGAAGGUCGUGGUCCUUCGCGAACUACACUGGUGGCUCCGAGGCUCGUGGAGACGCAUGGGCAGGGCCCUCGCGGUUGGUCGCCGCGCGCCCAUGCGAUUCGCUCCCGUUCAAAUACGAGCUCCUCGGCGUGCCUUGGACGGCAAACGACGUUUCAUCUGUUAGCUCUGGAUUAGUCAGCUUCGAGGCUCGUGGAGACGCAUGGGCAGGGCCCUCGCGGUUGGUCGCCGCGCGCCCAUGC